AGCAACUCUAGUCAUAAAACCGUUGCCAUCGCCCGCCUCGACUUUCUCUCUCCUCGACACGCUUCCUCACACAACACGCCACCCUCCCCUUUGACGACGACAACGACGACAAUAUGGAGGCCAUCAAGCAGACUUUCCAGCGCUGCAAGGCGCAGAACAAGUCGGCACUUGUAGCAUACGUUACUGCCGGUUAUCCUCGACCCGAAGACACUCCCGAUAUUCUCCUCUCUCUGGAGAAGGGCGGUGCUGACGUCCUCGAACUCGGUGCCCCCUUCACCGACCCAAUUGCCGACGGCCCGACCAUCCAAACUGCCAACACAAUUGCUCUCGCGAAUGGCGUUACCAUCGAGUCGACCCUGGGCAUGGUCAAGGAGGCCCGAUCCCGCGGCCUUAAGGCCCCUGUUAUGCUCAUGGGAUACUACAACCCCCUGUUGAGCUACGGAGAGGAGCGUCUGCUCAAGGACUGCAAGGAGUCUGGCGUCAAUGGCUUUAUCGUCGUCGAUCUCCCUCCUGAGGAGGCCAUUUCCUUCCGCAGCCUCUGCACCAAGGGCGGCCUGUCCUACGUCCCUCUCAUUGCCCCGGCCACCUCGGAUACCCGAAUGAGAAUUCUCUGCCAGUUGGCCGAUUCCUUCAUCUACGUCGUUUCCAGAAUGGGUGUUACCGGCGCCACCGGCACCAUGAACGCCAACCUCCCCGAACUGCUGGAGCGAGUCAAGAAGUACAGCGGCAACAAGCCCGCCGCUGUUGGCUUUGGUGUUAGCACCCGCGAGCACUUCCUGAGUGUCGCUAACAUGGCCGAUGGUGUCGUUGUUGGAAGCCAGAUCAUCACUACCAUUAAGAACGCUGCCCCUGGUGAGGCCUUCAACGACGUCGAGAAGUACGCCGCCUACCUUUCCGGACGAGGAGAGGGUGAGGCCACCCGGGAGGUCAGCAUCAUUGAGGCUGCCGUGGGAGCCCAGGAGCCCGAGCUCGCCAACGUUACUGUCAAUGAUGUCAUCAGUGCUGAGGAGGACAGCGCCCUGGUGGCUCAGCUGGCUGCCCUGCACGGCAAGAUCCCCGAGCGAUUCGGCGAGUUCGGUGGCCAAUACGUUCCCGAGAGCUUGAUGGACUGCCUGUCGCAGCUCGAGGACGGCUUCAACAAGAUUAAGGACGACCCCUCGUUCUGGGAGGAGUACCGAGGCUACUACGAGUAUAUGGGACGACCCGGCCACCUACACCUGGCAGAGCGGCUGACCGAGUAUGCUGGCGGCGCCAACAUCUGGCUCAAGCGUGAGGAUCUUAACCACACUGGUAGCCACAAGAUCAACAAUGCCCUGGGCCAGCUUCUCCUGGCCCGUCGUCUCGGAAAGACUCGCAUCAUUGCCGAGACUGGAGCUGGCCAGCACGGUGUUGCUACCGCCACUGUUUGUGCCAAGUUUGGCAUGGAGUGUACCGUCUACAUGGGAGCCGAGGAUGUCCGACGACAAUCCCUCAACGUCUUCCGAAUGCGACUACUCGGCGCCAAGGUCGUUGCUGUCGAGGCUGGCAGCAAGACUCUCCGAGAUGCCGUCAACGAGGCUCUCCGCGCCUGGGUUGUCGAUCUCGACACCACUCACUACAUUAUCGGUUCCGCCAUUGGUCCCCACCCCUUCCCUACCAUUGUGCGAACGUUCCAAUCCGUCAUUGGAGACGAGACCAAGCAGCAGAUGAUGGAGAAGCGUGGCAAGUUGCCCGACGCUGUCGUGGCCUGUGUCGGUGGUGGCAGCAACGCCGUCGGCAUGUUCUACCCCUUCGCCAACGACCCGUCGGUCAAGCUUCUGGGUGUUGAGGCAGGUGGUGAUGGUGUUGACACAGAGCGACACAGUGCUACCCUUACUGGCGGUUCCAAGGGUGUUCUGCACGGUGUGAGGACAUACGUCCUCCAGGACAAACACGGUCAGAUCUCCGAGACUCACUCAGUGUCGGCCGGUCUCGACUACCCUGGUGUCGGUCCCGAGCUGAGCUCGUGGAAGGACAACGAGCGUGCUAAGUUCGUCGCGGCCACUGAUGCCCAGGCGUUCCUGGGUUUCAAGCUGAUGAGCCAGAUGGAGGGUAUCAUCCCCGCACUGGAGUCGGCGCACGGCAUCUACGGUGCCAUUGAGCUGGCCAAGACGAUGAAGAAGGACGAGGACCUGGUCAUCUGCCUGAGCGGCCGAGGAGACAAGGACGUGCAGAGUGUGGCCGACGAACUGCCUAAGUUGGGUCCCCAAAUUGGAUGGGAUCUUCGAUUUUAAGGCAUGAGACGGGAAUUAUGAAGUGAAACGACGACAUGCAGGCACCUUGGAAAGUGGGACAGCAGCAGCAGACUCAUGACACUUUUUGUGUGUUGAUUUUUGUGGUGAUGAUACAAGGCUGGUUGGCGUUUAUCUGAGAAAAAGGGCUUUUGGUACAUAUAAUACACAGAGAUAUUACA